CUGACAGUUGGGAUGAACCAAUCAGCUCAAGGCCAGCCCCUGCCCGGACUAGAAAAGAGAGGAGAUCCGUGUGACUUACAUGACAAAACCAGGCCUGAAGCCUAACAAUUCCGCCGCUUACUAACUGCUUUACCAGUGGUGCAGCUACAUAGUGGUCCAUGUAAUGGAGUCCCUACAUUAGAGUCCAUACACAUUGCUAUAAAGGGGGAGGUAAAAGGGAUUUGAAGACGUGAAGAUGGCGGCAGGGAUGAGCUGGCAUCAGCAACAGCAUUACUACGGUGGAGGGGCUUCUACCAGUACUGCCAAGUUUGUGCCCUCAUCUCCUGGUGUGAUGGCUCAUCAGGCUGGACUGAGUAUGGAGUAUACUGCAGAACUGCACCUUAAGAUGAGCAAGAAGAUUGCACAGCUGACUAAGGUCAUAUAUGCCUUAAAUACUAGGAAUGAUGAGCAUGAAUCAGGAGUACAAGCCAUUAAAGAAGCACAUGAAGAAGAAAUUCAGCAAAUCCUUGCUGAAACCAGGGAAAAGAUAUUACAAUAUAAAAAUAAAGUGUCAGAGGAAACUGAGCUGAAAAGAAAAAUCCAAGCACUUGAAGAAUCAAUAGAAGAACAUAAAAAAAUUAAACAUCAGGCACUUACUGAAUUUGAAGUUUACAAACAUCGAGUAGAAGAUAUGCAACUUUGUGCAGAGGCGCAACAUGUGCAGAGAGUUGUUACUAUGUCUCGAGAGGUAGAAGAAAUAAGGAAGAGAUUUGAGGAGAGGAUACGAAGUUUUAUGCAACUUCAGGUACAGUUUGAGAAGGACAAACGUGCUGCUCUUGAAGAAUUGAGAGCAAGUCAUAGGUUAGAAAUUCAAGAGCUCCUGAAAGUCCAACACAGUCAAAAUGCUACUUUAAACAAGGGCCAGGAAACACUUGAGGAAAUGCAUCGAUCACAAGUGGAGGAACUCAAUAAGAAGAUGGAGGACCUACGUCUGGAAAGGAAAAAGUUGGUAGAAGAUUAUGAAGGGAAAUUGAGUAAAGCUCAAGCUUUCUAUGAACAUGAGUUGGAAGCUUUAAAAAGGUCUCAGCAAUUUACUGCUGAGAGCUUGCAUGUCUGCAAGCAGAAGGAAGCAGAGCUAAAAAGAGAAUUUCAAACCCAAGAAGCUAUCUUACUGAAGAACCUUGGGAUCCUUAAAACUGAAUUUCAGGUUGUACAGGAAGAAGCAGGAACUCUCAAAGAAAAGUGCCAAAAACUGCAAGCUUCUCUUUCUACAGCAGAGAACAAUGUUCAGGUCCUUCAAAAACAGCUGGAAAAUGUGAAGCAGGAGGAGAUGUCCUUACUUAGCAAACAGAAAGACAUGGAAAGUGAGCUAGCAGCUGCUCGGGAACGUCUACAGCAGCAGGCUACAGAGCUUGUGCUAAAAGCCAGUCACAUUGGGAUGCUACAAGCUACUCAAAUGACACAGGAAGCUACCAUACAAGACCUGGAAUCUGAAAAGGCUAGGAUAAAGGAAAAAAUAUCCAGACUAGAAGAAGAGCGUGCUAUACUGCAAAGUAAAAAUCAAAAUCUUGAUGAACGCCAAAGGCAGCAAAUACUUGCACUGGAAAAGAAGAUCAAUGAAGCAAAACAGACCCAACGUGAAUGUUAUGAGAAAGAGCUGAUUAACCUGCGCAUCAAAUUUGAGGAGGAGACUGUACAGCUAAAAGAGGCACAUGCAAAGACGUUAGAGGAGAUGUCAUGGAAACAUCAAGCUGUGCUUGAGGCUGCACAAACCUCUACAAAUAAGGAGAAGAAAAAGCUACAGAUGGAACUUCAACAGCAAUAUGAAAAGGAGAAACAGUGUUUGGAAGAGGAUAAAAAUCAAUUGAGACAACAACUUGAAAGCUUAAAGGAAGAAUUGACAAACAAGCUGACAACCGCCAAUCAGGAGAUUUGCCGCCUUCAAGACUUGGUAAAAAAAAGUGAGCAAGGACUUGGGUCAGCAGAGUGUCACAUCACAAGUCUUAAGGAUGCCCAAGACAGGCUUCAGAAUGAGUUGGACGUAACAAGAGAGCGACUUAGGGAGACAAGUGAUUCAUUGUUUGCUGUUCAGGGUGAGCUAGAAAAAGAGAGACAUCAACAUGAAACUGUAAUUUGUACCAUGCGAGAAGAGGAAAGAUUGAAAAUUGAAAAAGUUGCUCGUGAUCUAGAACUAAAAUGGACUGAAUCCCUCAGGCAAGAAUGUAGCAAGUUACGGGAAGAGCUGAGGGUGCAGCAUGAGGAGGACAAGAAGUCUGCUAUGUCCCAACUACUGCAGCUUAAGGAGCGGGAAAUACAUACUGCUAAGGACACCUGGCAAAAGAAAGUGGAGGAUCUUCUCGACCAGCGGCACUCUCUGGGUGAAGCUUUACAUAAAUCCAUCAGUAAUAUCUCCUUGCUCAAACAGAACCUUGAGAUGCAGCUGUGCCAGUCCCAGAAUGCUUUGCAGCAGCUGCAGUCACAGUUCGGUCAAGAGCGACAGCGUCUAACCCGAGAGCUUCAGGAGUUGGAGGAGGAGCAUCAGCAGAGACAGAAGUCACUACAGGAAGCCCACAUGAUAGCAUUCCAAAGUAUGGAGGAUGCGAAGGAUCAAGAACAAAAAGAUCUGGAAGAUCGUUUACAUCAAAAAUACUCAGAGGAACUCCAGUCUUUAAAAGAUGCUCACAAACAGGUCAUGGACAUGCUGCGGCUGGAGAUGGAACAGGAGCUUCAAACCCUUCGAUUUGAAUUGGAAGAUGAGGGCAAGGCCAUGCUAGCAUCCUUGCGCUCUGAGCUCAAUCACCAGCAUGCUGCGGCCAUUGACCAGUUGAGGAAUCAUCACCAGCAGGAAAUGGAAGCUGCCGCCACAGAACUUGAGAGGCAUAAAGAAUUCAGCAGACAUCAGGAAUCUGAGUAUUUUGGACGAAAAACGGAACUUGAGAAACAGCUCAAGCAUCAAGAGCAACAUGUGUCUAAUCUAAAUAAGGAGCUGCUGAUACUACAUGAGAGCAUCAACACUCUGACUAAAGAGCUGGAGUUUAAAGGAAAAGAGAUCCUUCGAAUACGCAGUGAAGCCAAUCAGCAGAUUAGGAUACAUGAGCAAGACUCAAAAAAGAAACACGAGGAAGACAUCAGUGACUUAACAGCAGCCCACUUGAGAGAGAAGCAAGUUUUAAUGGCUGAAUUUGCAAAAACACAGGCAAUGCUCGUGGAAAAAAAUUCUGCAUUGCAAGUUUCGUUAUCAGAAAUGGAGGAAAAGUAUCAGAACAGAGAGUCAAGACCAGAGGACCUGCAGGUCAUCUCUGAAUUAAAGGAUAUGGUUGCAGAACGAGAUCAGCUUAUCAAGAAACUGAUUGAAGACAAGAAGUUCUACCAACUGGAACUAGUGAACCGAGAGACCAACUUCAACAAAGUAUUUAAUGCAAGUCCUAAUGUUGGUGUUAUCAAUCCUCUAGUAAAGCAAAAGAAGAAGAAUGAUAAGUCCUCAAACAGGUUUGUGAGUUCCCCUAACCUAAGUGCUGUGGAGAUUAGUGGAAUGGGAAAUGGACAUCCAACCCGCCUGGACCCCAUUCCAAAUUCACCCAUCCAUGAUAUUGAAUUCAACAGCAGCAAGCCUCUCCCACAGCCUGUACCACCCAAAGAGGCCAAGACCUUUUUGAGCCCUCCCCAGACUGAGACUUCACCAGUGGCAUCACCAGAUCCACAACGCCAGGAAUGGUUUGCCCGGUACUUCACUUUCUAAGAGACUGUAUUUGAUAAUGUCUCUCUAUUGUGGCACAGCUUUGAUGUGGACUCUUUGUACAAGCAUGACCUUAACAAACCCUUAUGUGACCAAGCUUUGCCGUAACUACUGUUUGUCGAACACUGUGAACGAGAGUGUCUCCAGUUGGAAAUGCACUGUUUAAUAACACUCUGUAUUUGUUUUCCUUUCAGUAAAAACCUUCUUUACAUUUUACAGAUGAGAAAAAUAUGAAUUUUGUAGAAUAACUGUGCUACCUCCUUGCCCCAUUUAUUCCUUUUUUUAUUUAUUCUCUGCUAAGCAUAUUACUUCAGUGCUGGAAUAAUCCACACCACAUUGCUCUGCACUAAUGUUAUUGAGAUGCCUUCUCAGUAGAUUCAGCCACAAGGCUAACAUGUCGAGAAAAGACCAUUCUAGUUUCUGUUAGAUCAUGUUUAAUAGUUUGACACCAGAAAUAACAAUGUGCCUGGAGUCAGAUUCUCAGCUUCUGAUUGGUAUGUAUAUACUAUGUAUGGCUAUUGUAUUCCUAUUGUAACAACAUCAAACCCUAAGUCCCAGUGUGUUAUUUCCUAUGGAAGUCACUUUUAUUAUACAUAUAUAAAAAGAUAUUUU